GCUGUUAUUAUUCAGGAAGUGGAUAAAAAAGAUGUAGAAAAAUGGCUUUGAGUAGCAUAGGUGGAAAAAUAAAAGGCGUCAUCAGUAGCAAGGAUCAGGAUCUUCUUGAGGCAGCAAAAACUGGAAAUGUUGAAGCUAUUGUUAAACUUACCUCCAAGAAACGCCAAAGUACAGCCAGUCAAGUUUUUACAAGUUUUUUGAAAGGAUCAGUAAAUAUCAACUGUGUUGAUAGGGAGGGAUACACACCAUUACACCUGACAACACUUAAUGGUCACAAAUCAGCAGUAGAAUGCCUGUUGAACCUGGAUGCCUUAGUCAGUUCAAAAGAUAACAGUGGCUGUACUCCACUACACUUGGCAGCAUGGAAAGGAUAUGAUGAAAUCUGUAAACUCUUCUUAACAUUUACUAAUGCCACCAUUCCUAUAGAUGUGCAGAACAGUCUGGGAGACACAGCCUUACAUAUGGCAGCCCAAUAUGGCUACAAGAAUGUGGUUGACGUCCUUCUACAGUACAAUGUUGAUGCUACUAUACGGAACUUAAAGGAUCAAUCAGCUUUAGAUCUUGCUGCCCAGUAUGGACGACAUGAUGUAGUUCAGCUUCUGGUUACCAAGAACCCAGAUCUGGUCAAACAUACCGUCACAUCACAUUCUCCCCUACAUCUAGCUGCAGCCUGUGGACAUGUACAAAUUAUCAGUACAUUGAUCGGAGCAGGUUAUGAUAUCAAUACAACAACAACAGCUGGCACAGCACUGCAUACUGCUGCUAUGUACUGUAAAACUGACGUGGUCAAGUUACUGGUGGAAAAAGGUAUAGAUAUACAUGCCCAGGAUGGAGAGGGUAAAACAGCUCUAGAGAUUGUAUUGAAGAAUGAUCAAUCACAACAGAAAUAUGCUGAAAUUGCCAAACUUAUCAGAGAUCAUAUAAUGAUAUCCGGUGCAGACGACCCUGAUGACAGUAAUGUGUAUGACACAUCAUUUAAUGUUAAGUCAGCAGCACCUCCACCAUUAGCACCAGCUGUUGAUGAAGAUGUCACCAAAGACCAAACAAACAGCAGUAAACCUGAGGAUAAGGAAGAACCAGAAGUCAAAACCAGACCUGUACCUAAACCCAGACUGUCUCUUGGUGAUGCUGGUGUGGAUGAAGAGAGAAAGUCGGCCCUGUAUACUAAACCUGACAAAAAUAGGGAUAAAAAUAGAAUUGACGAUUCUCCAGUGUCAGUUACCAUUAUCUCACCACCUAAACCAGCACCAAGAGAAUCAAAAGCAGUUUCUCCUGAACCAGCACCAAGAGAAUUAAAAGCAAUUUCUCCUGAACCUAAAAUUGAACAACAUUAUCCACCUGAUUUACCAAAGAAAGAAAGAGAUUCCGUUCCACCAUUACCACCAAAGACAGAUGAUAUCCCAAUCCUGCCACCAAAGGUUAUGUCACCAACUGCUGAUAUGGUUGUAGCUGAUUUACCACCAGUCAGAACUAAAAGCCAAGAACCAUUAGAUGGUCCUCCACCAUGUGAAGGGGGGAUUGUUGAUUCAGAAUAUACAGAAGAAAUUUAUGCCAAUGUAUCAACAGGUGAACAUUUCAAAGGAUAUUUUGCUAUGACCAAACCAGUAGAUACAGAGGGUUCUACAUUAAGUCCUGCUUCAAAGAAGAAAAGACCUGCCAAACCUCCCAGGAAAAAGAGUCCGGCACCAUCCAGGAAGAUGGAACAUAGUCCAAUUAAUAUUAAAGAAAUAGAUAAGGAGGAAUAUGAGACCAUGUCAAACGUUCAGAAAACAGAAUCAAGUUUUACUGAAGACGUGUAUAAUGCUUUAUUUUCUAGCUUUAAAACUGAUACUAAAGAUAGCAGUGACUCUGAAUCUCAAUUGUGUGAUCCAGAAUAUACAAAUAUGAGCACUGCCUCUGAAUCUCCGUCAUGUGAUGCAGAAUAUACAAAUAUAAGCACUGUGUCUGAAUCUCUGUCUUGUGACCCAGAAUAUACAAAUAUAGGCACUGUUUCUGAAUCUAGGUCUUGUGACCCAGAAUGUACAAAUAAAAGCACUGCUUCCGAAUCUCUUUCUUGUGACCCUGAAUACACAAACACAAGUACAGCUGCUGAAUACCGUUCCUCAAAGGUAACUGCUGAUCAUGAAGAUGCAAAAACUGUGCCAUUUACUAAAUAUAGUGAAACUACAUCUCCUUCAAAAGACAUCAGAACUGAGAGAGUUGAGUCUCAUUGUACAGAAUUACGAGGAGAAAUUCAAAGUACGUCUAGAUCCAACAGUGUAGGGUCAACUAAAUUAGACAGAAGUUCAACUGGUUUUGGACAGACCAAUACAAGUGAUGAAAUACAAAGUAAAAGUAAAGACCCAUUGUCUGUGAUUGAUAGUCAAAGUGAUAAGACAAUCCCUGAAAUGUUUGACAGUAAGGAAAAUACUAAUGAUUGUAGUGAAAGCAUUUCAGGGACAGAGAAAUUAUGUGAAUCAAAUAACUGUGAUAGUGACAUUCCAGACGGCAAUAUUCGUAAAUCAUGUUCGAUAAAUAAAAGCAUUCCUGAAAAAAGAUAUUCCAUUGGAGACAUUCCAGAUAAUUGUUUACAAACUGACGAUAACAUUCCACAAAAAUCUUUACAAAGUGACAAUAACAUUCCACAAAAUUCUUUUGAGAAUGAAAAUAGUGUUUCUGUUGUAUCUUGCCGAGACAUUACAAAGACUGGUGCUGAGUGUGCUACGCCUGAAAUAAAACCUAGGCCACUAUCAUACAAACCCUUGGCUGAUUCAUCAGCUCCAGAGCUGCCACCAAAAACAAGCCUAAGUGAUCUGUCUAAAGAUUUGGUGGUAGAUGAGAAAAGGAUUUCUAAUGGAUCAGGGGAACCAAAGGAUUGUGAUGAUUAUAAAGCACCAAAGCCUCAUUCAUUAGAGUUUACAAAGAAGAGGUUGUCAGAGCAUAGAUUUCCUACUACUCCAACAGGCUACCCACAACCACCUACACCUGACUUCCCACCUCCGUCACCACACACAGCACGGAAGGGGAUUGAACAGAAAAUAGCAGACAUUGAAGUGCCUUCUAAUAAGAGAUCAUCAAGAGAUAUAGAGACUAUUACAGAAGAUUUAGUAACGGAUGGGAAAACUUCUGGAGAUAAUUUAUCUAAAUCAAAUACCAAAGAAGCAAGUGAUCAGACAGAUUUACAAAAAGUUGACGAUAAUAUUCCAAUAAAAGAAAAGGAAAGUACAGAACUAAUUGAAAAUGAAAGUGAUAGAAGGUCACAUGACAAGAAAGAUGAAGAAGUUGUUGUUUUAAGGAAGUCAUCUCGGUCCAGUAAUGGUAGUGGACAGGAAGUGUUAAUUGGAGAUGACUUAGAACCUUUUGCUGCUGCUUUGAGUAACGGAGAUUCUUCUAGCUGUCUUUUGAGAGGAUCAGCUAUUGGUGGACCACGAAAAGUUGUUUCUCAAAUUUAUGAACAUGUGGCUGUGCCACUCAAAAGGACAAGUGGUAAGAGGACCUCACUACCCCUAAGCAACAUGACCUUUGAACCUGUAAUGGAAAGAGAAGAAGAUGGGGGCCAUGAAAAAAGAUCAGACGUUGAAAAGUCACUAGAAUUGACUAGGUCAGGGAUGAAAGAGGAUAGCUCAUUUGAUGACAAAGAUGAAUGGGACCAGAUAGCUGACAUUAUGGCCUCCUUUGGUUCAGGGAUAGAAAGAGAAUCAGUGUUUGUUGAAAAGUUUGAAGCUUUGUUUACUAAACAUCUGGCUGCUCCAGGUUCUAAUCCCUCAAUCCAUAGUGUUGGAGAAUGGUUAGAGUCCCUUAGUUUAGGACAGUAUGAAAAUACUCUGUAUGCUAAUGGGUUUGAUGAUACAGAUUUUCUGGGGGAGAAAAUAAUGGAAGAACAAGAUCUGGAAUCUAUAGGUAUCUCAACUGCUGAACACAGAAAGAAAAUACUGGACCUGGCAAAAAGACUUCCACAGAUCAAACCUAUAAAUGCUGAAUGUCCACCUGUUUCUGUGGAGGUUUGGCUGAACAGUUUACGAUUACCUCAGUACUUAGAUAAAUUUAUGUCUCAUAAAUAUAAUACAAUGGAGAGAGUUCUUCAAGUCUGGGAGCUAGAACUCAGUACUGUUUUAGACAUCUCAUCAAUGGGUCACAGAAAGAGAAUAUUAGCCUCAUUAGGGGACAGAUCUCCUCCAGAAAGACAGUUUGCUUCAUUGAAAAAGAAAAGUCGAGUUGAAGAUCAUCAAGAGAAGAAAUCUCCUUUUACAGACAUUAAUUUGUACAAAGAUUAUACUAAAGUUAAACCAUUAACCUCAACCUCUGAAGAGGAAAAUAAAUCGUCUUCCAAACCACAGACUCCCUCGGUAGAAAAUAGUGAUAAUGAUGAAGUCUUCCAAAAUAAUGUCCAGGGUAAGAGCAUCAAGGAUACAUCAAUACACAUACGACCUCCUCAUCAAGCUAAUACAACAGCUCCUAUAAAGCAGUGGCGGCAUCGUCCAGAGAUGUUAAUCAAAGGAUGUUGUAAUUAUACAGCACAGUAUCUUGGAUCAACCUUAGUAAAAGAAUUAACUGGUACAAGUUCUACGAUAGAAGGCAUCACAAAAUUAAAGAGUAAAUUUAAGAGGAAAAUACAGAAAUCAGCAGAUGCCAUAGCAAAGAUCCCAACCAUUAUGUUGUCAAUAUCUUAUCGAGGGGUCAAAUUUAUAGAUGCCAAAUCGAAGAAAGUUAUCUGUGAUCAUGAGAUUGUAAACAUAUUUUGUGCAUGCCAGGACGCAGAGAGUAUGAACUUCUUUGCAUACAUCACAAGAGACAAUGAAACUUGCAAACAUUAUUGCCAUGUGUUCAGUGUAAGGACUGCUGAUUUAGCUAGAGAGGUGAUUAUGACUCUUGGAGAAGCUUUCGAGGUAGCUUACCAGAUGGCUCAGAAGGAAAAAGCUGCAGAGGAGGCAAAAGAGUUUGAACGAACACUGAGUCAGAGUGAUGCAGAAGAUUCUUCACAAAGUAAAUCAUCAUCGAAAGCUUCGUUAAAUACUGUAUGACUUUGAAGAAAAAAAAUUGAGGAAGUUGAAGAAAAAAACCAGUCAGCUGUAACUGUAAUGUUUUUCUGUGAUACAACAGCCAGGGUCAGUUAGCCAGUAGUCAGUAUUUACACCAGAAGAGGCCUUUUAAGGAACAUUUUGACAUUACAUUCAAUAUGUGUUAUUUGAAAAUAAUUUUAGCAUUGGGAAAAUGGACAAAAAAAUGGGUGAUUUGCAGUCAGAUAUCAGAACGCUAUUGAUUCUUUGUAUGGAUCUCAAAUUAUUGUAGAUUUUUGUUACAGAAAUCUUUUUUCAUGCUUACACUUGUCACAAUAUACAAAUUCAUCACAAAUCUACAUAUUUUGUACAGUGCCAUAAGAUUUUAUUAAAAUAUUGUAUAUUUCAUUUUCAAAAUGUCAAAUGUUUUGUGCAAAACUUGUUAAUGUUCAGAUAUAAAAUGAUAUUGUAGCAUAUGCAUUUUAGGACUAAAAUUUACAAGCAUACAUAAGAUAAUUAUACUUAAAUAAUACUUCUACUUAGAUACAGAGUAAGAAGACAGCAAUUAUUUAAAUUAAUAAUGAAAGAUUAGCUUAAGGCCUGUUGCAGUCAAAUGUGCAAGGAAAUUGAAGAUAGUUCAGUUUUUAGUAUAGUUUUUUCUUUAAAUAGUGUUCUAAAAGAAUGUAUUCUGAUAGUGCAACAACACAAAUGAUGAUAGUCAUCCUCAUUAUAUACAUGUAUAUAUAGGUUUUUCAAAACAAAGUGCAAUGGGUGAUUUAUUUAUUGACUACAUCAUGUCUAUAAAUAAUAGAUGUAAGUUUUGUGUAUAGAAUUGUUUAUGUAUGAAAUUUGUGCAAUAGUUUGCCAUGUUGUUUUUGUUGAUUAGAAACAAACAGAUAUAAAGUUAAUGGUUACAUUGUUUGUGUACAUUUUGGUGACCUCUUACGUUUACAUCAUUUGGUCUCUAGUGGAAAGUUGUAUCAUUGCCAAUCAUACUAAUUUUUUUUUAUAAAUUUUGCCACUUAAUUUAGUAUGAGACAUGUUGCUUUAUCUAAUGUCACACUUGUAAAAAGCAAUAUGAUGGGUAUGUUUCAAUGGGGGACAUAUCUUACAAGCUUUGUCAAUGAAAAAUUAUGAGUAGUUAUUACUAUUCAUAUAGUCCACACAAAAAAGUUGUUCACAAUGUUGCAUUUUAUAUAAUUUUGAAAAUGCUUCAGAUGAUAACCGAUUUGUUUUAUGUAAAAUGUGACCAUUAAUUGUAUAUCUGGUUUGUUCUGUUAGUAUUGUUACUGUAAAAAUUGUUACACAGAUUUGUUUCAAAUAUAUUUGUAUAAUUAAUUAAAAAAAAGGUAACAAAAUAGUCUAGAAUAAUUGGAAUGAACAAUUUAAAUUUUUUUGAAAUACUGAAUAUGUUAUUUUUUAUUCUAACAAAUGUUACAUUGGAUCAAAUCAUAAUAAUUACUUCGUUUUGAACAAUAUUUUAAGUUCUGUAAACACAUGUUAUAUAAAUUUAUGAUUUGUAUGAAAAAUAAUUUAUAAAAAAAAUAAUUAUUAAUAGGCGUCUCCAUUAAAGCAUAAAUGUUAGACCACCAUUUGACCACCUAACUGUAAUGUGAUGAAUAAAACAAAUCAAGAAUCCCUAAGUUUGUAUAGAUUCCCAGAUCCUGUAGUUUGUUACAAUUUGUAACUUAAAUUUACAAUUCAUGACUAAAAUAUAUAUUUUGAACAAAACUAUAAAAAUUGGACUUUGAAAAUCAAUGAUGUUGUUAGAACUUAUCAGAAAUCACUUAAUUUUGAUGUUAUUCUAAUAUUAUGUUUUAAUUAUUCCUAAUAUAUGUCACCAGGAUUUAUUGUUAGUUCGACUGAGUUUAAAAUUUAUUGUCAGUACAGAUUGAGAUUUAAUGGUAUUCCAGAUUGUCUGGACUUUAAUAGUAUACCUUACCUUUGACACAAACAACAGUAUUGGGUAGAGGAAAUCUGAGAUGAGAUUCUUUUAUUUUGUUUUUACAUUUGAAAUCAUGUGAUAGUCACACAGUGACCACAUGACUGUCACAUGGUAGUUAUUUAUGUUAUUUUGUUAUGUUUAAUCAGAAGGUGCUUAGUUUAGAUAUAUUUAUAUAGAGAUUUAUCUUCAUUUAAUAUUUACAUUCCCCAAACAUUUAUUUAAUUCCUAAUUUCAAUUCUUUAUUCCCAGCUUGAUGCCAUAACUCAUUAUCUAACAUCUCAUCAAAGAAGUUAUUGGAAUUUUGUUCUCAGUAAAAAUUGUACAGAAUUUUUAAUUUUAUUUUUAAGAGUUAGAUCCUCAAGCUAUUAUUCCAGAUCUCUCAGUUUACGAUCUCUUUUAUUAUACAAAAUCAAAAAAUCUUUAUCAUUGGAACCAUAACAAAAAUUCGUUUUGAUAUCCAAAUUGGUUUACAAAAUAUUUUGAUGAUUUGAUAUGCAGAUACAACUUAUAUAGAUAUUAAACAAAUACAUAAUUCACUGAUUCCAUGUUCUCCAUGGUAAAACCAUGCAGCAGAUUUCUACGUAGAUAAAUCAUUAUAUUGAACAAUAACAUUACAUAAGCCUCAGCUAGAAAGUACCAGUAUAGUACUUGUAUAUAAUUCCAGAUAACCGAUCCAGUUUCUGUCUCUUGGUCAUAACCACACUAUUAAAAUGAAGAAGCUCCUUUACAGAUAGUAAUAGCAUGCGGGAUUCACACAAACAGUUGAGAUCUUUUUGCUGUUAAAGAUAAUAUAAUCCUGACUUAAUAGACUAGUGUCGUGACCUGUAUUUAUUUUGUAUUGUACAUCUGACAAUAGACUUUCAACGACCAUCUGUAUAUUGUCUUAAUGUGUUUCGAAAAGUUUUAAAUGUCUAGUCACUAUGGUAUAAACAUAUUGCGUUUUGAUUUUUCCCUAAAGACAGGAAUACAUAAUAUCAUCUAUAUUAUAUUUUGAUGUAAUGUUAACUUGCCAAUCAAAAAAAUGUAAGCUCAGAAUGAUCAUCAUUUUAAAUAUAUUUUUCUUCUUUUAUAAAGAAUUGAAUUCAAAAGUAGCUUUAACCUAUUUAAACAUUUUCUUAGAAAGUGCCAGUAUGUAAAUUAAACACUUAACUUUGGUUUGAUCAUCUUAUAAUAUUGAGGGUUUUAUAUUCAUAUACAAGUAUAUAUAAUGCUUAUACUAAGCUUACACUCAAAAGAACAAAGUUUUAUAAUUUUUCGUUAUGUAUAUGCUUGUCUAUCUGAAAAAUUGUGGGAAAAUCUCCUGAACUAGUGUUGACCAAUGGUCAUCUCAAAUAUAUGACUAAUACGAAUAGCAGUAUAUUGACUUGUAGUUUGCCAAGUCAUCCUGAUGGACACAAUAUCAUAUGAAGCUUUGCUUAAAUGACACAGUAUGAAAGUUAAAAUGUUAGUCCAGUUCUAUUGAUAAAGAUUUUACAAAUAUAUUGAAAUGGAGAAAAUUUGUCAUUCGGUAAAAUUUUAUUAAAUUCAUCAUAAACAAUGAGAAGUAAACUCUGUAUGAAAAGAACAAUUAACAUCACCAAUGUUGUAAAUAUAGUAUUGUAUUAAAUCCUAUUGGAUGUUCUCAGACUAUUCUAUAAAUUCACUUUAGAGGUAGAUAAGAUAGUUUAUUUUUUUUUACAAAUAUCUAUCCUAAAAUGUCUUCAUGCAUUAAUAAAUUACAUGUGAAUAUGCAUGGCUUUAACAUUUUUGAAAUUGACAGAUUAUUUAUUUAAUAAAAUGGACAUUUUCAAAGAUUACAGAUACAUGUUUCACAAAUUAGUCUCUCAAUACAAAUGUCUGCUAACUAAAAGAAAUAAAUCGUUGUUAAUCUUGUAAUAAUGAAUUUUUCUUAUUUACCUUGUAAUAGAUUGGAUGACUCAUACUUAUUUACCUUGUAAUAGAUUUGAUGAAUCUUCCGUAUUUACCUUGUAAUACAUUGGAUAAAGUUUACUUAUUUACCUUGUAAUAAAUUUGAUGAAUCUUACUUAUUUACCUUGUAAAAGAUUGGAUGACUCUUUCUUAUUUACCUUGUAAUAGAUUUGAUGAAUCUUCCGUAUUUACCUUGUAAUAGAUUGGAUGACUGGUACUUAUUUACCUUGUAAUACAUUGGAUAAAGUUUACUUAUUUACCUUGUAAUAAAUUUUAUGAAUCUUUCUUAUUUACCUUGUAAUACAUUGGAUAGAGUUUACUUAUUUACCUAUAUAUGUCACUUUUAAGCAGCCAGUGAUAUAACAAGACCAGCAUUUGUUUCAUUUCAUUUAUAUUUGUUAGAGUUAAUGAAUGCAUUAAAGUGUGCAUUUCACAGCAAAUAAUGCAAAACGAAUAAAAUUUAGAUGAAA